UUUCUACGACUAGAUGGAGAGAGAAUCAUGGCGGCGUCCCUGAUCUGCGGCCGGUUGUCUGCUGGACUAAGAAAUUCUGGGUCCAGGGCAGCUCUCAGCUCUGCAUCUAAGGUGCUAGGAGGGACGUCCGGCCUUUUCGGGAGCCAUGGAGCGCAGCAGACACCCCAGCUACAGCAGCAGAGGAACCUCUCCCUCCAUGAGUACAUGAGCAUUGGCCUGCUGAAGGAAGCGGGCAUCUCCGUGCCUGUGGGCAUGGUGGCCAGCACCCCCGAAGAGGCCUACUCUGUUGCCAAGCAGAUCGGCUCCAAGGACUUGGUGGUGAAGGCGCAGGUUUUGGCAGGGGGACGAGGGAAGGGCACCUUUGAGGGCGGCUUGAAGGGUGGGGUGAAGAUUGUGUACUCGCCGGAGGAGGCCCGGGACAUCUCGUCUCAGAUGAUUGGGCAAAAGCUGUUCACUAAGCAGACGGGAGAGCAGGGCCGCAUCUGCAACCAGGUGUUCAUCUGCGAGCGCAGGUACCCCCGCAGGGAGUACUACUUUGCCAUCACCAUGGAGAGGUCAUAUCAGGGCCCAGUGCUGAUUGGCAGCUCUCAGGGAGGCGUGAACAUCGAGGACGUGGCGGCAGAGAACCCUGACGCCAUCGUGAAGGAGCCCAUCGACAUCGUAGAGGGCAUCAAGAUGGAGCAGGCUGUCAGGGUGGCACAGAAGAUGGGCUUCCCUCCUGGAUUGAUAAACGAGGCCGCAGAAAACAUGAUCAAACUCUACAACCUCUUCAUCAAAUAUGACGCCUCCAUGGUGGAGAUCAACCCCAUGGUGGAGGACUCUUCAGGCAUUGUGAUGUGCAUGGACGCUAAGAUCAACUUCGACUCUAACGCCGCGUACCGGCAGAAGAAGGUGUUCGACAUGCGGGACUGGAGCCAGGAGGACGCGCGCGACCGGCAGGCGGCCAAAGCCGACCUCAACUACAUCGGGCUGGACGGCACCAUCGGCUGCCUGGUUAAUGGUGCUGGGCUGGCCAUGGCCACCAUGGACAUAAUCAAACUCCAUGGAGGCACUCCCGCCAACUUCCUGGAUGUCGGGGGUGGAGCCACAGCACACCAAGUAACAGAAGCCUUCAAACUCAUCACCUCAGACAAAAGGGUACAGGCCAUCCUGGUAAACAUCUUCGGCGGCAUCAUGAGAUGCGACGUCAUCGCGCAGGGGAUCAUCAUGGCCGUCACAGAUCUGGACCUGAAAAUCCCCAUCGUGGUUCGGUUACAAGGGACGCGGGUGGACGACGCGAAAGCGCUCAUCGCCGCCAGCCCCCUGAAGAUUCUGGCCUGUGACGACCUGGACGAAGCGGCGAAAAUGGUUGUAAAGCUCUCUGAAAUCGUUUCGUUGGCAAAGGAAGCCCAGGUGGACGUCAAGUUCCAGCUCCCCAUCUAAACACUGCCCUCCUCUCAAGCAGCAAAAAGACCUAGCUGUAGAGAUUCCUCCCAAAUACUGUUCAGUUCAACACUUUUUUUUUCUUUUUUUUUUAAAUUGUUUUGUUCGGUGGCAUGAUAUCAACCUGCGUUACAUAGGUCAUAUGCAACAGGCUUUACUUUGGUAAAAACAGCAUGGCUGCCUCCUCUGUAUUUGUGGGUCUCUCUGCCCUCGCUAACUGAAGUCAGUGCUUCCAUGACAGAGUAGCCUCUCGUAUCUCCUCUGCUGCUCCAUUCAGAUGUUAAACCCCUGCAGGUGAGCGCUUCAUCUCCAGGCCCUACAAGUCUGUUUGCUGUGCUGAUUCAUUGUCAGGCUUAUUUUUAAUACUUGGCUGGUACUGGAAGAUCCAAGGGUGGAAAAGGUAGUCUCCCUUCCCUGCUAACUUACUCAUUGACUGACUGAGUGGUUACCGCGGUGAUGACGUUUUAGCGCUAGGAGGUGAAAAUCCAGACGAAACCACGCAGCAGAUGUGAAACGGUGCCCGUUCAGCUCUUGCUUUGUUGACUUUAUAGAAAAAAAAAAAAAGUGAGAGACGGUAUGAAUUGGUACUAUUUAUACUCACUAAUUAUAGUCUGAUUGGGUUCACCCCAAAGCGUGUAAUUAACACCGAUUCUCCUUUCGAGAGGAACUGUGGUAUUUAUGAACUAAAUCACUUUCCCCAAUGCUGUAUCACUGUGUGGCGCACACACACACACACACACACACACACACAGUUACACAGUACUGCUGUCUCCUGGGAGUUAAGGUGUUCCCAUCACUGGAAACAUGGCACUCAGAGGGGGUUUCUGCCUUGAGGAGAAAAUAUGCAAAAUUCCAAAUUCCAACUUGUUUUUGGUCCAGAGUGAGGGGAUCCUGAUGGAGAGUUACCCACCCCACCACUGUCAGUCAGAUGUGCCUUUGGUUGUUGCUGGAUUUGGAGAGAGUGAUGAGUGGAGAUGCAGGGGGAAGAGGAAGUCAGGCCUACAUUACUGGCAGCUCACUGGAUUAGGACUAUUGAUUGUAAAGAAGUACCCUUUGGCUAAAUAACGGUUAUCUGUAUAUAUGACUCUCAGCAUUGCAGCCCAGGUAAUCCAUAAAUACUGAGUUUUCUUCUGGCUUUUUUCCAGUUAUGUAUAAGUAAAAGUAUUCUUCUCUACAGUUACAAUAGUGAUAGAUAGUUAGUAAAACAGAGUAUUACUGUUGGAAAUGUAGAAUGUCUGACAGAAAUAUAAAAGCUUUCCUUUGCCGUAAAUCUUUGGGAGAUUUUCAGAGCCGUAAUCUGAAGUUUAAGAAAGGCAAAUCCUAGAUGUGCUCACCUUUAAGUUGUAACAGUGUUCUUCCAAAAGAAACCAUAACCAUUCAUAGCAGUUUUAUUCAUAUAAAGCUGUUUGUACAAUUGUGGUUGUUUUGCUAACAUGACCUUGUGAUUCAUUUUUGUCAGCCCUUCUCCACCAGUUUUCACUGUCACAACUCAUUCAGCAUACCCUUGUUUUUCCUCCUUCUUUUUUUGAAUCUUAAAUGUUUAUGAAAAUAUACUUGAAUUUACCACAUGAUUGGGAAAUCACGCAAGCACUCUGGAAAUACUGUUGACUGAGGUACCGGAAUAGCUUCUCCGACAGGAGAAAUAUCAACUGUGGAAACUGGCUGUUUCACCCCAGCACCCCCCUCCGACAGUUAACACUCUAACAGCGAAAGCCUGUUGUGUCCUGGUCCUGCCACCUUAUCAAGCAGACCCUUGUUGUAUCGCUCACUUAUUGAUGUUUGCCCCGGCUGCUGUAAAGAAAGGAAUUAAAGACGCACAUUUUCCAGACUACUGCUCUCCGUCCUGUAUCUCUCCCACCGAACAGCACUUUACAGCAAAUGUAAGACGCUUCGUUUUCUUGUAAAUAACAGGACCACUUCUCUCUUCUGUAAAAUAUUUAAGCCUCUCUGAGGCUAGGGGGUGGAGUGAAGGAAACUAUUAAAUGCA